AUGAUUCACACUAUGCAAUCCCCACAACAAAUAAGAUUACCUUCAAUUAGAUCAUUAAUCGAUUCAAUCGAUAAUUAUGACUUACCUUCAAUUCAACAGUCAUCGUUAAAUUCAAACACUCACUACAAUUAUCAAAAUAAUUACAUUUUAGAACCAACUACAAUUACAAAAAAAGAUUUAAAUUAUAAUCCUCAUCUAUCUAGUCCCUCCUACUACAACGAUAGGGGUGAUACUAGCCAAUUAAUAUCAAGCCAUAACCAUCAUCAUCAUCAUAGCAAUAAUAUUUUGACCCCAAUGCCAUCACCUAUCCCAUCCCCUGUACAUAGUUUAGUAGCUGAUGAAAAACAACUGCUAUCGGCUGCCGCUACUAUUAACUCAAUUCACAACAACGUUGCCUCUACCCCAUACAGAAAUACUAUCUCAAACGUAUCCAAAAAAUCAAUGAAAAAGUGUCAUGGUAUCAUUGGUGCUGGUAAGAGAUCUAAUUUACCUAAAAACUCUGUCCAAAUCUUAAAUCAAUGGUUGUUGAACCAUUUACAAAACCCAUAUCCAACUCCACAAGAAAAGAAAGAACUUCUGAAACAAACUGGUUUGACCAAAAUACAAUUGUCUAAUUGGUUCAUUAAUGUAAGGAGAAGGAAAAUUUUCAGCGAUUACUAUGAUAUCGUUAACAAGACUGGCGAGAGAAACAAAGGAAAUGGGGACGAGGAUCACAACAACUAUUUACAAUUGUCAGCAACUAGACGAAAGAGACUAAGUGAUAGAUUGGAAGAAUUAAAGAGAUUGAAGGAUUUAUAG